ACAAGUGUUAUCAAUUCAAGCUCAAUAAAGAGAGGGUAAGUGGGUUUCUUGGUGCUUGUGCAAGCUCCAACUAGGGGCGCACACACACAAAGAUUAUAUACCACAUACUCAUAGUCCCUCUCUAAUUAUAGAUAUAUUAAGGAAGAAAGUGCUAUUUAUAUCAUCAUUAACAUAUAUAUUAGAACUCUCUAAGUGAGAGCAAAAGAAGGAAAUUAAAUUCAAUGGAGGCUAGGACUAAGAUGUCUGAAGUGCUACCAUUCAUAGUGAUGGUGAUUAUGGAAGGUUGGACCAUAGGACUCACGAUUUUUGCAAAAACUGCAAUAACUAAUGGAAUGAGUCCAUUUGUGUUCAUUGUUUAUACCAAUGCUCUGGCCACUAUAAUACUGUUCCCUUGUUUCUUUUUACCACACCAAGAGGACAGAAAGGAGAGGCCAUCUUUUACUUUCUCUUUGUUCAUGCGGUUCUUGUUCCUCGGUUUUAUAGGGAUGACGAUGACUCAGGCCUUUUUAUUCCUGGGUCUAAGCUAUAGUUCGCCAAUACUUGUGUGUGCCAUGAGCCACUUGAUCCCAACGUUUAAUUUUCUGCUCUCUCUCAUUCUCAGGAAGACAGAGUUGAAUCUGAGAAGCCCUGGUAUCCAAGUCCAAGUGAUUGGAAUCUUGGUAUCAAUAAUGGGAGCAGUGUUAGCUGAAUUCUUUAAGGGACCACUUGUAAGACCCUCUUCUCACCACCUUAGACACACUGAUAAGCAAUAUCUGGUAUUCUCCUCAACACCAGAGUUUUGGGUUCUUGGUGGCGCUUUGCUUGCUGCGGCUUCCUUCUCAGUUUCAAUUUCCAACUUUAUUCAGAAAGAAACUCUCAAGCAAUAUCCAGAACCAAUGAAGCUGCUCUCUUAUUCUAGCUUACUUGGGACUAUCCUUAGUGCAAUAGUCUCGGGGAUAGUUGAGAGGGACAUAAAUGCUUGGAAGAUAAAGCGUAACAAGGAUGUCAUUCUCAUUGUUCUAACUGCACUAGUUGGGGGAGUGAUUCGUCCUAAUAUUCAAGUAUGGUUCACUCGCAUGAAGGGUCCACUUUAUGUGCCACUUUUCAAGCCAUUUGGUAUUGCAUUUGCCACUACUUUUGCAGUUUGCUUCUUUUCAAACAGCCUUCAUUAUGGAAGUGUGAUAGGAACAACUGUACUUGGAAUGGGGUAUUAUACAGUAAUGUAUGGACAACUCAGAGGAAAUGAAGAAGAGACAAGCUGUGACGAAAGCUCUGAUUCUUUGGACAAGAUGGUACCCCUUUUGCAAGAAAAGAUGGAAGUGUGAAUAGAACUUCGAAAGAUUCUAGAGGCAGAGGAAUUCACCUAUUUUUCAGAAUCUUCCUCCCUUUCGUUCGAUUCGUUUCAAACGAUUGUGAUACAAAUACAAGUCUCUCCCAUGUUGCAAACAUUUUAAUUGUAAUUAACUCCAACUGUGUAUAUAUAAAUCAUGAAACAUGUAAGUAGCAUGCAAAAAAAGGUGGUCGAAUUUUUAUUUGAGACCUUUAUAUUUUCGUUGUACAAAAAAUUUCUCUGUAAAUAUAUGUAAUACACGUAUCUCGAGCUUUACUGUACUGAUAUAUGUGAUUCACAAGUUGUUUUUUUGGUACA